AUGCUUUCAUCAUUAUUAACGAAUACAGGAGGCGUACUUAUCCUCGACGGAGCGCAGGGCACCGAGCUGGAACGCCGUGGCGUGCAUCUCGGAGGAUCCAAGCUGUGGAGCGCCCAGCUGCUAAUCGACGACCCGGACCUUAUUCGCACCAUCCAUCUUGACUAUCUGCGUGCCGGCUCUGAUGUCAUCACCACCUUCACUUACCAAGCCAGCAUUCAGGGCUUUGCCGAUGCGGGCAUGGAUGCCCGCAUGGGAGCGACUCUACUCAAUCGCGCAGUGGAUUUAGCGGAAUCAGCACGCACGGCCUUCUUGGACGAGCAACGGCAACAGCACGAACAACCACCACCCCACCACCAACAGCGUGUACGGCCUUUAAUCGCCUUCUCGUCCGGAUCCUACGGCGCGUAUCUGGCGGAUGGAUCGGAAUUUCGGGGCGAUUACGCGGAUUCGAUGACGCUGCAACAGCUCGCCAAUUUUCAUCGGGACCGACUGGAGCCUGUACGGCACCGUACGGAGAUCGAUCUAUUGGCAUUCGAGACGGUUCCCUGCCUGCGGGAGGCGGAAGCAAUCUUGGAGCUUCUGCGCCAGGAGCGGUACGGCAAGCCCGCCUGGAUCAGCUUUAGUUGCCGUGAUGCCGUACACACCUCCCAUGGCGAGCGCUUUGCGGAGCAGUGCGUGCCGCUGCUGGCAGCAGCAGCGGCGGAGGGCCUCGAGGUGGUUGCUACAGGCGUGAACUGUACGGCACCGCGCCACCUGCUGCUGGUCUGCUAUCCCAACAGUGGAGAGGAAUGGGACGGUGAGCACCGCUGCUGGCGGCACCUCCCAGAUGACAUCGCCGAGCCGGAGUGCUUCGCCGAAGCGGCGGCAGAGUGUGUGUACGGCGACCCACGGGUCUCGCUGAUGGGCGGCUGUUGUCGUACAGGUCCGGAGCACAUCCGGGCAUUGCGGCGCUGGCUACAGGCACAACAGCACUGUCAGCAGUGA